AUGGGCAAGAUCGAGAACAACGAGAGGGUGAUCCUCAAUGUCGGGGGCACCCGGCACGAAACCUACCGCAGCACCCUCAAGACCCUGCCUGGGACGCGCCUGGCCCUUCUCGCCGCCUCCGAUCCCCAGGGCGACUGCCUGACGGCGGCUGGCGACAAGCUGCAGCCGUCGCCCCCUUCGCUCUCGCCGCCGCCGCGACCGCCCCCACUGUCCCCCGGGCCGGGCGGCUGCUUUGAGGGCGGCGCGGGCAACUGCAGUCCCCGGGGCAUCGGCGGCGACCACCCUGGGGGCGGCCGCGAGUUCUUCUUCGACCGGCACCCCGGCGUCUUCGCCUAUGUGCUCAACUACUACCGCACGGGCAAGCUGCACUGCCCCGCCGACGUGUGCGGGCCGCUCUUCGAGGAGGAGCUGGCCUUCUGGGGCAUCGACGAGACGGACGUGGAACCCUGCUGCUGGAUGACCUACCGGCAACACCGUGACGCCGAGGAGGCGCUCGACAUCUUCGAGACCCCCGACCUCAUCGGCGGCGACCCUGGCGACGACGAGGACCUGGCGGCCAAGAGGUUGGGCAUCGAGGACGCGGCGGGCCUGGGGGGCCCCGACGGCAAGUCUGGCCGCUGGAGGAGGCUGCAGCCCCGCAUGUGGGCCCUCUUCGAGGACCCCUACUCGUCCAGAGCCGCCAGGUUUAUUGCUUUUGCUUCUUUAUUCUUCAUCCUGGUUUCAAUCACAACCUUUUGCCUGGAGACACAUGAAGCUUUCAAUAUUGUUAAAAACAAGACAGAACCAGUCAUCAAUGGCACAAGUGUUGUUCUGCAAUAUGAAAUCGAAACGGAUCCUGCCUUGACGUAUGUAGAAGGAGUGUGUGUGGUGUGGUUUACUUUUGAAUUUUUAGUCCGUAUCAUUUUUUCCCCUAAUAAACUUGAAUUCAUCAAAAAUCUCUUGAAUAUCAUUGACUUUGUGGCCAUCCUACCCUUCUACUUAGAGGUGGGACUCAGUGGGCUGUCAUCCAAAGCUGCUAAAGACGUCCUUGGCUUCCUCAGGGUGGUAAGAUUUGUGAGGAUCCUGAGAAUCUUCAAGCUCACCCGCCAUUUUGUAGGUCUGAGGGUGCUCGGACACACACUUCGAGCUAGUACUAAUGAAUUUUUGCUGCUGAUAAUCUUCCUGGCUCUAGGAGUUUUGAUAUUUGCUACUAUGAUCUACUAUGCCGAGAGAGUAGGAGCUCAACCUAACGACCCUUCAGCUAGUGAGCACACGCAGUUUAAAAACAUUCCAAUUGGCUUCUGGUGGGCUGUAGUGACCAUGACUACCUUGGGCUAUGGGGAUAUGUACCCCCAAACAUGGUCAGGGAUGCUGGUGGGAGCCCUGUGUGCUCUGGCUGGCGUGCUGACAAUAGCCAUGCCGGUGCCUGUCAUUGUGAACAACUUUGGAAUGUACUACUCCUUGGCAAUGGCGAAGCAGAAACUUCCAAGAAAAAGAAAGAAGCACAUCCCUCCUGCCCCUCAGGCAAGCUCACCUACUUUUUGCAAGACAGAAUUAAAUAUGGCCUGCAAUAGCACCCAGGGCGACGCGUGUCUGGGCAAAGACAAUCGGCUUCUGGAACAUAACAGAUCAGUGUUAUCAGGUGACGACAGUACAGGAAGUGAGCCGCCAUUAUCACCCCCAGAAAGGCUCCCCAUCAGACGCUCUAGUACCAGAGACAAAAACAGAAGAGGGGAAACAUGUUUCCUACUGACGACAGGUGAUUACACGUGUGCUUCUGAUGGAGGGAUCAGGAAAGAUAACUGCAAAGAGGUUGUCAUUACUGGUUACACGCAAGCUGAGGCCAGAUCUCUUACUUAAUGGCUUGGGGAAGGCACAAAACAUGAGAGAAAGUGUUGUACAGAAUUUGUCAUGGAUUUUUGACCGCUGAAAAAGGGACAAUGGAAU